CUGGACAUCUCCCAACCCUUACUUCCUUCUGUUCUCUCCUCUCUCACUUCAGCCUGCCGCGAAUGGGGCUUCUUCCACAUAAUCAACCAUGGAAUCUCCAAGGAACUAUACACUAAGAUCCACAUCCAAUCCAAAGAAGCCUUUAACCAGCCCUUAGAUAUCAAGCUCAAGCUCGGACCCUCAGCCAACAUCAACACCUACACUCCUCACUUCAUUGCAUCCCCUUUCUUUGAAAGCCUUAGAGUUUCAGGCCCAGACUUCUACAACUCAGCUAAGAACUCAAGCGAUGUACUCUUCCAGCAAUCCAAUUCUGACUUCUGUGAAAUAUUUCAAGAAUAUGGGAACAGGAUGAUGGAUCUAUCAAAAAAGAUUAUCUCCAUUCUAUUAAACUGUCUUGAAGAUGAAUUUGAUAAGAAGAAACUGGAAUCUGAAUUCAACAGAUGCCAUGGAUACCUGAGGAUUAACAACUACUCAGCACCAGGGAGCCUUGACACAUUAGAGAUUGAAGGGCUUGGGAAACAUACAGAUAUGAGCUGCAUCACAAUUCUGUAUCAGGAUCACACUGGUGGGCUUCAGAUGAGAUCAAAGAGUGGGGAUUGGGUUAGCGUAGCACCAAGGGAUGGAACCUUGGUGGUCAACAUUGGAGAUUUGCUGCAAGCUUGGAGCAACGGACGCCUGAGAUCAUCUGAACACAGGGUAGUGUUAAAGGACUGUGUUAACAGAUUCUCAAUGGCUUUCUUUUGGUGUUUUGAGGAUGAAAAGGUGAUAAGAGCUCCUGAAGAUGUGGUGGGAGAAGGUAACAGAAGAAUGUAUCCACCAUUCAUUUGCCAGGAUUAUGUGAAAUUUAGGGAGAACAGUGUCAAGGGGAGGUUUGAUAGAGUUGGAUAUACUGUUGAUGAUUUCGCCAUGAAAAGCAAUUUGAUGGCUAAGGAUUUUAUUUCUCAGAGAAGUUCUAGUAUAUGA